AUGCAACCAUUAGAGGAUGAAGUAAUCUUUCCCUCAGCCCCAGCCCCCUGCCGCAGGAACAUUACCCACAAACUCAUAUGGGUAGGAGGGGGAGAGGUUGGACCGGGGACUAGAGGGCUACAUUCGGUUUUGUCUGGAGCUGGCCUGCUCUCUGCUGCCCACUCGGCUCCUAAGCCUAGCCUCGCGCCUCCCCCGGGAGAAUCCCUGGGAGCGAGGAAGCGCGUUCCGUCCCCGGGGAUGCCGGACCAGAUCUCCGUGUCCGAGUUCAUCGCCGAGACCACCGAGGACUACAACUCGCCCACCACGUCCAGCUUCACCACCCGGCUGCACAACUGCAGGAACACGGUCACACUGCUAGAAGAGGCACUAGACCAAGAUAGAACUGCCCUCCAGAAAGUGAAAAAGUCUGUAAAAGCAAUAUACAAUUCUGGUCAAGAUCAUGUACAGAAUGAAGAAAACUAUGCACAGAUUCUAGAUAAGUUUGGAAGUAAUUUUUUAAGUCGGGAUAAUCCGGAUCUUGGCACUGCUUUUGUAAAGUUUUCCACGCUUACUAAAGAACUAUCCACUCUGCUGAAAAAUCUGCUCCAAGGUCUAAGCCACAAUGUGAUCUUCACCUUGGAUUCUUUGUUGAAAGGAGACUUGAAAGGAGUCAAAGGAGACCUCAAAAAGCCAUUUGACAAAGCUUGGAAAGAUUACGAGACCAAAUUUACAAAAAUUGAAAAAGAAAAAAGAGAACAUGCAAAACAGCAUGGGAUGAUCCGCACAGAGAUAACAGGAGCAGAGAUAGCAGAAGAAAUGGAAAAAGAAAGGCGCCUGUUUCAGCUCCAGAUGUGUGAAUAUCUCAUUAAAGUUAAUGAAAUCAAGACAAAAAAGGGUGUUGACCUACUCCAGAAUCUUAUAAAGUAUUAUCAUGCACAAUGCAACUUUUUUCAGGAUGGCUUAAAAACAGCAGACAAAUUGAAACAGUACAUUGAAAAGCUGGCUGCUGAUUUAUAUAAUAUAAAGCAGACUCAGGAUGAAGAAAAGAAACAGCUUACCGCACUCCGAGACUUGAUAAAAUCUUCUCUCCAGCUUGAUCAGAAAGAAUCUAGGAGAGAUUCCCAGAGCAGGCAAGGAGGGUACAGUAUGCAUCAGCUUCAGGGCAAUAAGGAGUAUGGCAGUGAGAAGAAGGGUUAUUUGCUAAAGAAGAGUGAUGGGCUUCGGAAAGUAUGGCAAAGAAGAAAAUGCACUGUAAAAAAUGGAAUUCUGACCAUAUCCCAUGCAACAUCCAACAGGCAACCAGCAAAACUGAACCUACUCACUUGCCAGGUGAAACCCAAUGCUGAAGAUAAAAAGUCUUUUGACCUGAUAUCACAUAAUAGAACUUAUCACUUUCAAGCAGAAGAUGAGCAAGACUAUGUUGCGUGGAUCUCAGUAUUGACAAACAGCAAAGAAGAGGCAUUGACCAUGGCCUUCCGAGGAGAACAGAGUACUGGAGAAAACAGCUUAGAGGACCUUACAAAAGCCAUUAUUGAUGACAUCCAGAGAUUACCUGGGAAUGACGUCUGCUGUGAUUGUGGCUCAUCAGAACCCACAUGGCUUUCAACCAACCUGGGUAUUUUGACCUGUAUAGAAUGUUCUGGAAUCCACAGGGAAAUGGGGGUUCAUAUUUCUCGUAUUCAGUCUUUGGAAUUAGACAAAUUAGGAACUUCUGAACUCUUGCUGGCCAAGAAUGUAGGAAACAAUAGUUUUAAUGAUAUUAUGGAAGGGAAUUUACCCAGUCCCUCACCAAAGCCCACUCCUUCAAGUGAUAUGACUGCACGUAAAGAAUAUAUCACUGCAAAAUAUGUAGAUCAUAAGUUUUCAAGGAAGACCUGUUUAUCUUCAUCUGCUAAGCUGAACGAACUACUUGAGGCCAUCAAAUCUAGGGACUUACUUGCACUAAUUCAAGUCUAUGCAGAGGGGGUAGAGCUAAUGGAGCCACUACUGGAGCCUGGACAGGAGCCAGGUGAAACAGCCCUUCAUGUUGCAGUCCGAACUGCUGACCAGACGUCUCUCCACUUGGUUGACUUUCUAGUACAAAACUGUGGAAACCUAGAUAAACAGACUGCACUAGGAAAUACAGUUCUACACUACUGCAGUAUGUAUAACAAACCUGAAUGUUUGAAACUUCUCCUGAGGAGCAAACCAACAGUGGAUAUAGUCAACCAAGGUGGAGAAACAGCCCUGGAUACAGCAAAGAGACUAAAAGCCACCCAAUGUGAAGACUUGCUUUCUCAGGCUAAGGCUGGGAAGUUAAAUCCACAUGUCCAUGUUGAGUAUGAGUGGAAUCUUCGACAGGAGGAGAUUGAUGAAAGUGAUGAUGAUCUGGAUGACAAGCCUAGCCCAAUCAAGAAGGAACGUUCUCCGAGACCUCAGAGCUUCUGUCACUCCUCCAGUAUUUCCCCCCAGGACAAGCUAGCACUGCCAGGAUUCAGCACUCCAAGAGACAAACAGAGACUGUCCUACGGAGCCUUUACCAACCAGAUCUUUGCAUCUGCGAGCAUGGAUUCUCCCACCUCUCCGACAGCCGAUGCUCCCCCGCUGCCCCCAAGAAAUGCUGGGAAAGGUCCAUCUGGCCCACCUUCCACACUUCCUCUAGGCACUCAACCCCCCAGUGGCAGCUCCACCCUUUCUAAGAAGAGACCCCCUCCCCCACCACCAGGACACAAAAGAACCCUCUCUGAUCCUCCAAGCCCAUUACCUCAUGGUCCCCAGAAUAAAGGUGCAAUUCCUUGGGGUAAUGACAUGGGUCCAUCAUCUUCCAGUAAAACUGCUAACAAGUUUGAAGGAAUGUCUCAGCAAUCAAGUACCGGCUCUGCAAAGACUGCCCUUGGCCCAAGAGUUCUUCCGAAACUACCUCAGAAAGUGGCACUAAGGAAAAUCGAAACCAGCCAUCAUCUUUCCAUAGAUAAAUCUAAUGUCCCCCCAGAAAUCUUUCAGAAAUCACCCCAGCCACUGGAGCUCCCACAGAAGCCACAGCCUGGAGACCUGCCUCCCAAACCUCAGCCUACAGAAUUGGGCCCUAAACCUCAGAUUGGAGAUCUACCCCCUAAACCAGGAGAACUGCCCCCAAAACCUCAACUUGGAGAUUUGCCACCCAAGCCACAACUCUCAGACUUACCUCCAAAACCACAAAUAAAAGACCUGCCCCCAAAGCCACAACUAGGAGACUUGCUGGCCAAAUCCCAAGCUGGAGAAAGCUCACCGAAGACCCAGCCUUCGGAGGUAAAUCAGAAACUCCACACUACGGAUCUCUCUCCUAAUGUCCAGUCUCGAGACUCUCUCCAAAAGCAAGCAUCAGAAGAUUCCAAUGACCUAACGCCCACGCUGCCAGAGACACCAGUGCCUCUUCCCAGAAAAAUUAACACAGGGAAGAACAAAGUAAGGAGAGUGAAGACCAUUUAUGACUGUCAGGCCGAUAAUGAUGAUGAGCUCACGUUCAUAGAAGGAGAAGUGAUUAUUGUCACCGGUGAAGAAGACCAAGAGUGGUGGAUCGGUCACAUCGAAGGCCAUCCAGAGAGGAAGGGGGUCUUCCCUGUGUCCUUCGUGCACAUCUUGUCCGACUAGCAAAGCGCGAGUCUUUGAGCGUUGCACAUCGUACAUGCAAGACGGGCUUUUUAGCAAAAGCAGACGGCUGCCACCUCCUUGUAAUCCUGUGCACAAUGUGUAUAUAGCUGCUGUUACAGAAUACGAAAUUCAUUUAAGGUCCACCUCAUGAGGUGAAUUAUAUUAUGUAUUGUAAAUAUACCGCGUUAUUCUGCCUUUGCCAGUAUUAAGGUAGCCUUGGAAUCUGGCACGCCUUAUCGGGUUUGCUGAAGCCAUCCUUGGCAUCUAGCACUUACAUCUCUGUCUAUGCUGUUUAAAACAAAAACAACAAAAAAAAAAGUGUAUGGACUUCGAGCUUUCCAAAUAGAGAUGGUCUUGAUCAACCGU